AUGCUUCUAUUCUGCCCCCACUGCUCCAACAUCCUGACGGUCAGCCCGUCGCCCGAGACGGGGCGCAACCGCCUCGAGUGCCGCACGUGUCCGUACCAGCAUCUGAUCACGACGUCCAUGUUUAGUCGACGCGAGUUUGUGCGCAAGGAGAGAGAGGACGUCUUUGGCGGGCCCGGCGCCUGGGACAACGCCGACAAGACCCCGGUCCAGUGUCCCAAGGACGGCUGCAACGGCAACGAGGCCGCCUUCUUCCAGGUCCAGAUCCGCAGUGCCGACGAGCCCAUGACCAGUUUCUACAAGUGCAUGACCUGUGGUGGACGAUGGAGAGAAAACUAG